AUGAAGUCGAUUACACUCAUACAACUCUCACUCUUUACAGCAUUUACUUCUGCUCAUUGGCGACGAUCACCACAACUCGGAACAAAUCUCACAUCGGAGGCAGGAAACAGUACCGCACACACGGGCUUCGCACCAUCACAGGAAGUCGACCAGUAUACUCGGUGUGCUACAAACCCUACAGUUGCACAACGUCGCGUACUGGACGAGUUCUCCCGCGGCCAUCAUGAGACACCAACAGAUCGUGCAACCCGAGUAGUCGAAGUGUAUGUGCACGUGGUCUCAACACAAUCCAAGCGAGGACGAUAUAACAAUGCAAUGGUCCAGAAUCAGAUUUCCGUAAUGAAUGACGCAUUCAAAGGGACUGGCUUCUCAUUCGAGCUUGUCGGUUUCGAUAUCACUGUUGACGAAUCCUGGGCCAAAGCUUCCGCAGGAUCCAGCGAAGAGACCGACAUGAAGCAAGCUUUGCAACGUGGCAGAUACCAAGACCUCAAUCUGUACUUCCUGUCGGACCUAGGCGACGGACUACUUGGCUUCUGCUACUUUCCAACAAGCGAUCCUUCCAAGCAAAUGCGAAUGCUUGAUGGCUGCAUCAACCUCGCAGACUCUAUGCCCGGAGGAGCCGCGAAGUACUAUGACAUGGGAUUAACAGCAGUCCACGAAGUCGGUCAUUGGUUUGGGUUGUACCAUGUCUUCGAAGGUGCAAACUGCAAUGAUGAGAAAGGCGAUCGCGUCGGCGAUACCCCUCGCCAAUCGACACCUACGACAGGAUGCCCGACUAACAAGAACUCAUGUCCGCGCUCUAAAGGAGUCGACAGUAUCAACAACUACAUGGACUACAGCUAUGAUUCGUGCCUCUUCGAAUUCACCCCUGGUCAAGGACGUCGGAUGAGGGCUUUGUUUGAUUCAACCCGGGCUGGAGUAUAG